GAGGCGGGGAGCGGGCGGCGGCGGCCUUAGCUGCGGGGAGGCUGCGCGGCCGGGGCGAACCGGACUGGCCCUGCAGCGGCUCGCUCAGGCCGUGCGUAGUCGCUGCAGCCACCGGGAGAGGGGAAGCGACUCCCGCGGGCGUACUUGGCAGAGCAGGGAGGAACGAAGGGAGAACACCCGGCGUCUGCCGUCUCGAAUUUCUCUCGGCCCUUGUCAUUUGAUUCGUUACCCGAAAUGCAUGGUCAUGGGGGCUAUGACUCUGAUUUUAGUGAUGAUGAACACUGUGGUGAAUCUAACAAAAGGAAAAAAAGGACAGUUGAAGAUGAUUUACUGCUCAAAAAGCCAUUUCAGAAAGAAAAACAUGGAAAGGUGGCCCAUAAACAAGUUGCCGCAGAAUUGCUGGAUAGGGAAGAAGCAAAAAAUAGAAGGUUUCAUCUGAUAGCUAUGGAUGCUUAUCAAAGGCAUACAAAGUUUGUAAAUGACUAUAUUUUGUACUAUGGUGGCAAAAAAGAAGACUUCAGGCGAUUGGGGGAAAAUGACAAGACAGACAUGGAUGUUAUACGAGAAAAUCAUAGAUUCCUAUGGAAUGAGGAGGAUGAAAUGGACAUGAAUUGGGAGAAGAAACUUGCAAAGAAAUACUAUGAUAAAUUAUUCAAGGAAUACUGCAUAGCAGAUCUCAGUAGAUACAAAGAAAAUAAGUUUGGAUUUAGGUGGCGAGUAGAAAAAGAAGUAAUUUCAGGAAAAGGCCAAUUUUUCUGUGGAAAUAAAUGUUGUGAAGAAAAAGAAGAUUUGAAGAGUUGGGAAGUUAAUUUUGGUUACAUUGAACAUGGUGAAAAGAGAAAUGCACUUGUUAAAUUAAGAUUAUGCCAAGAAUGUUCCUUUAAAUUAAAUUUUCAUCACAGUGUUUCCUUUCUUAACCAGUUAAAAUCAGUUGCUUGCCAGCCAUGGUACCAACAGCCUUGUAAACAUGGCCUAGAAGAGAUAAAGCUACAGCAGUAAAAGGACAAAUGGUCUAAAGUAGACAUUUGAGUUGAAGUAAGCCCCUCCAUCCUCAUUCCUUUAUGCCUUUACUGUAUUCCUUUUCUCUUAGCAGAAGAAUUUUCUAUCUACAGAUGAUUUGGAACUGUUAGAGUGUUUCUUCUUGUUUUGUGUGCUUUUUCAAAGUAUAGGUGGAUAGGAAUUAUGUGGAGGGAAAUGACAUUUGUUUUUGUAAUUUAAAAAAUGGCUAAAUGAUAGAAAACAAGUAGGAAAUGAGGAAACUAUGAUUUAUAUUUACUAAGGUUUGUAUACAGAACUUACAAAAAAUAAUUUGUCUUAGAGUUUUAGGCUUCCUUCAAAAUUGUCUCAAUUAAUAUACUAGCCUGAAAUAUUUACAGACUCAUUUAAGGGUUCCUUAUGUAAAUUCCAUUGUAAAAAUAUGUACUUUAACUGAUUUGA